AUGCUCUUUCCUGCCCGCCUCACUGCUGCGCUCCAGCUCACGCUGGCAUCUGUCGCCGUCCUUGGACAGGAAAUUUCUAAACCAGCAGCAUGGCCUAACCUGGACCAAUUUGCACCGACACUCGGCACACUGACUCGAACCUCCACCAGAAUCUCGCCUUGGGUCAGCGGGAACAUCUCUAGGGGCUGCAGAGACCGUGUUUUGUUAGACAAGAGAGACCCCACCAAGUUCAAGGCGUAUACAAUCUACAUGGGUGAUUGCGAUAUCCCAUGGGUCAUCUGCCGUGAGGACGGUGCUGAGCCCUCAAUUGAUAAGCUGGUCGACACUCUUGCCCGAGUUCCCGUGGGCAUGCGCCAGUUUGUUGGCGACGUUGUCCACUUUAAGGGUGGUAACGGAGCGUCGGCAUGGCAGAGCAGCAUUCUCCACGUCAAUGGCGAUUCUGCUGGUAGUGUUGCUGUGUUGAUACACGAGGCUUCCCACUGCGUCGACGGUGCGAACGGCAUGGGCAUGAUGUCCGGGGACCAGACAUGGCGCGAUGCAUUCAACAAAGACAGCCAUGUUGCUGACAACUAUGCAAGGACCAACCACGUCGAGAACUUCGCUCAGUAUGCCGGCCUGAUCAUUUAUGAUCGCGUUACCAAUAAGAAGCUCCAGACAUUUACGCAGUACAACCAGAUUGUCCAACAGAUCCGCCGCAUGGCGACUGCGGCCGAUAGUAAGCAGAAUUGGGGUGACAAGAUGUUCGACUACUCCGGCACGAAGAAGUGCGGCCGCCGCUGGUCUCAUACACCUGCUGUCAACCCCAAGACAGGAGAAAUCAUUGCCAAGAGAGACUUUAUUGCUCCACGUGACACAGGCAUUCUUGUCGAGUCUCUACCAAUAGAGCUUAUUACUGCCCCCGUAACUAACUGUACUAUCGAUGCCAGUAUUUGA